AUGCCACUAUCCAAACUCACCCUCGUAAUCUCCACCUUCCUCACCGCCACCCUCGCUUCCACCCAAAAAUCACGAGGCUGCGGCAUCUCAUACAACGACCUCAGCCUCGGAGCCCAAUAUGUCGAUUCCAGCGGCCAGAAUCGCAGCUACUACGUUCAUCUCCCGUCCACGUACAAGGGUGACACAGCGUACCCGCUCGUCCUCGGUUUCCAUGGCAGCUCGAGCAGCGCAAUGACGGUCCCGCUAGACACGAAUCUCAACAACGAGACGUAUUCCGGCGAUAAGAUUAUGGUGUAUCCGGAGGGUGUGGGGGGAAGUUGGGCGGGGCCGUCGUAUCAUAAUGGGACGAGUGUGGAGGAGGAUGUGCAGUUUGUAGCUGAUGUUAUUGGGGAUGUGGAGAAGAAGUUUUGUGUUGAUGAAGCAAGGGUAUUUGCAUUUGGUAUGUCUAAUGGCGGCGGCUUCGUUGGAACACUGGCGUGCGAUGAGAAGGGAAGUUCGCUUUUUGCGGGUCUGGCGGUGCAUUCGGGCGCUUUCUACACGGAUAUCAAUGGGCCUGAUAAUGGGUGCGCGCCGUCGAAGGAGGUACCCUUGCUGGAAAUCCAUGGUGGAGCUGACAAGGACGUUCCGUAUGCGGGCGGCAAGGGUGAAGGCGGCGAAUUGCCUUCAAUCUUCAACUGGCUGAACUGGUGGGCGCUGCGCUACAAGUGUGAGAGCAGCAGUGUGAAUAUUACAUUUGGGAGCGAGGUGCGACAUUGGUCCUGGGGUUGCGGUGGGAAAUCUGGUCUAAUACAGCAUUACGAAGUUAUGCAUUUGGGCCAUGCUUGGGCUGAUACCGAACCCAAUUUCUCGCAAUCGUAUGCGCAACAAGGACCUACGGUCAUUCAAGCGAGCAGAAUCAUCAUGGAUUUCUUCGGCUCGGUUUGA